AUGGAGCCACUUUGGUCCCAAGAGGCGGAGCCUCAGCGCCAGGAGGCGGAGCCUAGACUCAGCCUGGUCGGUUACAAAACCCACAGGCGAGACCGAGGCUCUGGGGCGCCCAAGCCUAGGCACCGGAAACACAGCCGCGGCUGCCAGGUCCGCGGUCCGCUCUCCGUGGGCCACGUGGCGGUGGUCGUGGACCAGGGCUCGGGCUUCACCAAGGCGGGCUUCGCGGGCGAGCACCUGCCACGCGUAGUGCUGAAGAGCUCGAGCCUGGUGUCCAUCUGGGACCGCACGGCGGCGCAGCCGGGCGUGCGGGGCGAGCCGGGCUGCGAGCUGGCGAGCGGGGUGGCGCGGGCGCACCCCAUCAAGCACGGCGUGGUGACGGACUGGGAGGCGCUGGAGGGGCUGUGGGAGCGCCUGCUGGUGGGCGGCCUGCGCCUCUCCCCGGAGCAGUGGCCCGUGCUGGUGAGCGACUCCCCGACGGCGCCGCCCAAAGGCCGGGAGAAGACGGCCGAGCUGCUGUUCGAGGCCCUGGCGGUGCCCGCGUGCCUCAUGGCCAACACCUCGCUGCUGGCGCUCUGCUCCACGGGCGCGCUCAGCGGGCUGGCGGUGGAGGCGGGCGCGGGCGUGUGCCACGCCACGCCCAUCUACUCGGGCCACUCGUGGCACAAGGCCACCUUCCGGCUGGACGUGGGUGGCAGCACCCUGUCGCGCUAUUUGCGGGAACUGCUGGUGGCGGCGUGCCCGGACCUCCAGCUGCAGGCGCUGUCCCGCAAGGUCAUUACCCAGCUCAAGAAGCGCUGCUGCUACGUGUCGCAGGACUUCGAGGGCGACCUGCAGCACCCGGAGCGCCACCACCCCGUCUGUUUCUCCGUGGGCAGUGGGUGCUCCGUGCACCUCAGCCACGAGCGCUUCCGCUGCCCCGAACCCAUCUUCCAGCCCGCUCUGCUAGGCCAAGCCGAGCCGGGGCUGGACACCCUGGCCUUCCAGGCCCUCCAGAAGAUGCCAUCAACCAUGCGGAAACGGUUGGCCAACACCGUGGUGCUGGCUGGUGGUUCCACGCUUUUUCCUGGCUUCCCUGAACGCCUGCAUCAAGAGUUGGAGGCCCAGUGCCGGCGGCAUGGUUACCCGACUCUGCAGCCCCAACUGGUGGCCAAGCCUGGGCGUGGCACAGCCGUGUGGACUGGAGGCUCCAUGGUGGCCUCCUUGCACUCCUUCCAACAAGGCUGGAUGACCCGGGCCAUGUACCAGGAGUGCGGCUCCAGGCUGGUGCACGAAGUAUUCGAUUGA